AUGAGCGGCUUCUUCGCCUCCAUGGCCCCGCGGCGGGUCCAGUGGGGGGCCGCUUGGUAUGCUGUCCACUCCAGGAUCCUACGCACGAAGCCCGUGGAGUCCAUGCUGGAGAGCACCGGGACCACCACGUCUCACGGGACCAAGCUCGCCCAGGUGCUCACCACGGUGGACCUGAUCUCCCUGGGGGUGGGCAGCUGCGUGGGCACCGGGAUGUACGUGGUGUCCGGCCUGGUGGCCAAGGAGAUGGCGGGCCCCGGGGUCAUCGUGUCCUUUAUCAUCGCGGCCGUCGCUUCCAUUCUAUCAGGCGUUUGCUAUGCCGAGUUUGGAGUGCGAGUUCCCAAGACCACGGGUUCUGCCUAUACCUACAGCUACGUAACCGUGGGGGAGUUUGUGGCCUUCUUCAUCGGCUGGAAUCUGAUCCUGGAAUACCUGAUCGGCACGGCCGCCGGAGCCAGCGCCUUGAGCAGCAUGUUCGACUCCCUGGCCAACCACAGCAUCAGCCACUGGAUGACUGACAGCGUCGGAACGCUAAAUGGGCUAGGGCAAGGAGAGGAAUCCUACCCAGACCUUCUGGCCCUGGUCAUCGCUGUCAUCGUGACCAUCAUAGUGGCUCUCGGGGUGAAGAACUCCGUGGGGUUCAACAAUGUCCUCAAUGUCCUGAACUUGGCAGUCUGGGUGUUCAUCAUGAUCGCCGGCCUCUUCUUUGUCAACGGGAACAACUGGGCCGAGGGACUCUUUCUGCCCCAUGGCUGGUCUGGGGUUCUGCAAGGCGCUGCCACGUGUUUCUACGCGUUCAUUGGCUUCGACAUCAUCGCCACCACGGGAGAGGAAGCGAAGAAUCCAAAUACGUCCAUCCCUUACGCUAUCACCGCCUCCCUGGUCAUCUGCCUCACGGCAUACGUGUCUGUGAGUAUCAUCCUAACCCUGAUGGUGCCCUAUUACGCGAUCGACACGGAAUCCCCCCUCAUGGAAAUGUUUGUCGUGCACGGAUUCUACGCGGCAAAAUUCGUCGUGGCCAUCGGCUCCGUGGCGGGCUUGAUCGUCAGCUUGCUGGGCUCCCUGUUUCCGAUGCCGAGGGUGAUUUACGCCAUGGCUGGCGACGGCCUCCUCUUCAGGUUCCUGGCCCACGUGAGCACCUACACCGAGACCCCCGUGGUGGCCUGCAUCGUCUCGGGCUUCCUGGCGGCCCUCCUCUCCCUGCUGGUCAGCCUGAGGGACCUGAUAGAGAUGAUGUCCAUCGGGACCCUCCUGGCCUACACCUUAGUGUCGGUCUGCGUCCUGCUCCUCCGCUACCAGCCGGAGAGCGACAUCGACGGCUUCGUCAAGUUCUUGUCGGAGGAGCACACCAAGGAGAAGGAAGGGCUCCCGGCGGACGGCGAGAAGGACUCCUGCUCCCCCGGGAGCGAGGGGGAGGACUUCUCCGGCCCCGCCACCAACACCUGCGGAGCCAAGAACCUGCCGUCCUUGGGCGACAACCAGAUGCUCAUCGGCCGGGCGGACAAGUCGGCCUACGGCGUCAGCCACCCCAACUACGGCACCGUGGACGUGGCCUCGGGCAUCGAAGCCGACGAGUCCGAGAACGUCUACCUCCUCAAGCUGAAGAAGACGAUCGGUCCGCGCUAUUACACCCUGAGGAUCCGGCUGGGCCUGCCGGGGAAGAUGGACCGGCCCACGGCGGCCACGGGCCGCACCGUGACCGUCUGCGUGCUCCUGCUCUUCGUCCUCAUGUUCGCCUUCUGCUCCUUCAUCAUCUUCGGCGCGGACGCCAUCGCGGGGCGGAGCUGGUGGGCCGUCCUGUUGGUGGUCCUGAUGGUGCUGGUCAUCGCCGCCCUGGUGUUCGUCAUCCUGCAGCAGCCGGAGAACCCCAAGAAGCUGCCCUACAUGGCCCCCUGCCUGCCUUUCGUCCCCACCUUCGCCAUGCUGGUGAACAUCUAUCUCAUGCUCAAGCUAUCCACCAUCACGUGGAUCCGCUUCGCCGUCUGGUGCUUCGUAGGUAUGCUCAUUUACUUCGGCUACGGGAUAUGGAACAGCACCUUAGAAAUCAGUGCCCGGGAGGCGGCCCUGCACCAGAGCACUUACCAGCGCUACGACGUGGACGACCCUUUCUCCAUGGAUGAAGCCUUCUCCUACGCCCCAGAGGGGGAAAACAGUCAGGACUGGGGGGGAGUCGUCGACGACAAAGCCUUCUAUUACCAGCAGGUGUCGGAGGCCAAGGGAAACAGUCGGACGAGUAGCAGACCGAAGAGCAAAGGCAAACACAAACAGAACUCUGAUGCCCUCAUUGAGAAUGACGAGUUAGACCGCUCCCUCGAGUAGGUGCAAACCGCUAAAAAAAAGGGCGGGGGGUGGGGGGGGAAUGAUUAUGACAACCGGCAACCUAACCCGUGGGCUAGAAGGUAAUGGCUUCCUAGGCUCUUAUUUUUCAGUCCCGUCUUUUCCCGAAAGCCAGCGGGCCCCGGGAUAACAGCACGGACCCGGCUACUUUUCCUCUUCAGGAUAGUUCUGUUAGAAAAAAAAAAAAGUUUGCCCCGAGUCCCGUAUUCGGUACCUUCGUGCAAAACUAAAAUCGAGGCUAGAAUCAGUUGGUUACCCGACCUUCAGAGGUGAUUUUUUUGAAGUGAACAUUUCUGAGGCCUUCCCUUUGAUGGCUAACUCGCUGAUUGAUUCUCUCCUGAAAUCCCGACGGGCAGGGAGCAGGGUUCCUUGGGUAACAGUGACCCUGACGUGCCAGUGUGCCAAAGCAGAUGGGUAGGUGGCAAGUGACCCGAUUUCCUCCUCAACUGGAAUUGGCGAAGGCGCAGGGCACCGGCCCUAUCCACCGACAGCCUUCUUUGAGCUGCUCUAAGCCGAUGUCGUCGACUUGGCCCUGUCUUAACGAGUAAUUUUUUCCUCCUGAAACUUUUGGGAAAAAAAAUGGAUCCUCUGAUAAGAUGGGCACAUCUUAAUGUUUACUAAGGAACUUUCAGGGCUGGCCAAAACCAGACCAAGCGAGGUUCUGUGAGUCUGGGCUCACGUAACCGAGGGCCCAACAAGUAGGCAGUGGCUGAGAAAUGUGAACUAAAAUGAAAGGUAACCCCAGCCCGGCCUAAAGACCUAGGAAAAGAAUCCAGCUCCAGUCUUCUGGGGAACGAUGCUGAAGAGUCUUGGCGGCAGUCUUGGUAGAACUCAAUCGUCUUGGCCAAAAAACACGAAAGAAGGGUCAGAAGGGGCGCAGAGUUUAGGGCAGGAUAUGUGAAGAAGCAUUAGGCCACGGUGGCUCUGUGACAGGACAAAAACGUGGGCGAGCAAAGGGGCCCCGGUCUUUGGAAACCAUUCUACGGAUCGUAUUUUGUAUUUACAAGCGGAUGUCUCUGAGCUUUCCUUUAAGAUAGCCAACUAUUCCAUCGGCGGGUGCUACUGAGAAAAAUGUUGAAGUGCAGCUAGUUAGUUAAUGGCAUUCAUAAGAAUUGCAUUCCCUUUCUGAACCAAAUGAUCUAAGACACCCUCUUCACUACACACGCUCACACACACAUACAAAAAAACCACACACACACACACACGUACACAAGUGCACACACUCAGUUUCACAACUUUCUUAUUCUAGAAGCUGAGCUCUCUCGCUAGAUUUAAAGUGAGUGUCUCUGUAGCCCAGAUGGAGUAUUCCCAGAAAAACAAAAGUCCUCCACGAUAAAAUCUUGUGGCAAAAUGGUCUCCACAUUCAACUAAAAAUCACAAAAUUCUCCCCUUGGGUCUUCAUUAUCUGGUUCUCCUAUUGAACUCAGUGAACUCAGUACAAGUAUCUAAGGGCAAAAUUUGAAAUAAACCUAGACUCCACAUGCAAGAAUUAUCCUGAAAAGAAAAAAUAAAUGACAUCGUCCUUUAUCCAGCUAUCCUAUGCCUAAUUUUUAUGCCGAAGGUUUUCCGUUAAACCUAUCGAGCCACAACAGAGCCUGAGGAAAAACUUUUCAGAUCACGCUCCUUCCCCUCUAAAGUCGUUAACUCUUAGUUCUUCUCCCUUUGUAUCUGUUUGGAUUGUGGAGAACAGUCAACUGUGCCCUGGAGAAUAGACUUAUCAGCUAGUGUUUCAUUUCCCUUCUUAGAAUGUAGAAGAUGAUCAGUUCUUAUCUAAAUAGCGCCAUAGCACACUGAGGUUUAACGUUAUGAAAAGUAUUUGCAUUACAGAGAAAGCGUUUUUCACCGAUCUAUUUACAAUUAACCGAGACUGCAUCCCAUAAAUAGCUACAGCGCAGGAGUGGUUACUAAGAGCUUCGGAUUUCUUUCUCUUUUUAAAAAGUAUUUCUUUAUAUCAUUUCAGUGGAAGAAUGGCAACUGCCGUGUUAAAGAUGACCUUAUGAAACUGUGCCUGGAUCUGAUUGGCUUGCUAGAAACAGUCGGUAUCAGUGAAUCAAUCGGUGGUAUUUACUGAGUGCUUAAUGUGUGCAGAGCACCGUAUUAAGAGCUCGGGAGAGCAUGAGGAGCAAUAUGGACUAAUUGGAAAGAGCACGGGCUCGGGGGUCAGCGGACCUGAGAUAUAAACCCUGCUCUGCCCGUUGCUUGUUGUGUAGAC